AUGGGUUACACUAUAAAGCAAAAGAUAGGAAUCUGUUUAAAAGCAGAAGCAAAUCCUGAAAUGACACAAUCUGAUUUGGCACUUUGGGCUAUGAAAGAAUAUAAUUCCGAAAAGCCGCCAUCACAGACAACAAUAUCACGGAUAUUGAAUUCGAAAAAUGAUAUAAUCUCGAGGAAAGAAUCUGAAUUUGAACUCAUAAGAAGACGUAAACGGGCAAACCCAUUAUUACGACGAAUAUUAACUGAAUGGAUCACCCAAGCAAAUUGGGAAGGAAUACCCAUCACCACACCAAUUAUUCAACUGACAGCCAAUGCCAUAUGGACUCGAUUACCUAAAGAGGGACAAGAAGGUAAUGGUAUAUUCAAUCAAAAAUGGUGUUCUCAUUUUGUGAAAAAAUUGAACAUCAACAUAACAGGAUCACCACAGGACAUUUUAAACAAUCGUGGAUACAAUUUAAACAAAGUUUGGAAAUUGGAUGAAAUACUAGAAUUGAAACGAUAUUUGCGAGACAUUGUUGCUCAAGAAGGCUAUGCCCCUCAAGAUGUGUUUGUUAUUGAUGAUUUUCAAUUGUUCUAUUCCUUGCCAUUGGAUCAAAUAUUCGAUGUUUCCUCUAUAGACAAGGGCAUUAAACAAUCAAACUCAUCGGCUGAACAUUCAUUAACAAUCAUGCUAGGUUGUAACAUUGAUGGAUCAGAAAAAUUGACACCAAUAAUUGUCGGGAAAUAUGAUAAAUUUGAUGUUUCUAAAAGUACUCAUGUUAGUUUAAAUUCAAUGCAAUUUGAUUCGGUGUCCUAUCAAACUUUGAUGAAUAAACUUACGGAAGUUUACAAUAUUUUUUAUAAAUCAAAUACCAAUAAAUGGAUCACUUCAUCCAUGUUUCAAAAUUAUUUGACUAGAUUGGAUCAUAAACUAUCGAAUUCAAGACCAAAUGGACGGAAAAUUUUAAUUAUUUUGGAUGAUUGUUCGUCUCAUCGUAUCAUAAAUUUGAAAUUCAAUAAUAUAAGACUUUGUUAUUUGAAAAAUGAAGCUAAUCAUAAAAAUCCUUACAAUACAACCUAUUCUGGAAUCAAAUUUGAUUAUUUACCGAUGAAUUUUGGAAUUGUUGAAGAAUUCAAAAUAUUGUACCGAUUACAACAAUAUUUGGAAAUGAUCAAUUUACAAAGAAGUAAAUCACAACUUGGAUCUGAUCCAAUGAUUGAAGAUAACUUAACUAGAACUCCAGUGGCAACCGCGGCUACUGCUUUAGAAGUUUUAUCAGAAUCAGACUAUCACAUAUCUUUGAUUCGAGCAAUUGAGUGGAUCAUAAGAUCUUGGCAUUCGGUAUCGUCUGAACGGAUUUUUUCCUCAUGGAAAAAGACACAUUUAUUUAAUUUACUUGAUUGGCCUAGUGGUGAUUCUGGACAACUAGUCUAUUUAAAUCAGCAAUUGAGUACUUUAGAUGAAAAUAAGAGUUUGAAAAAAUUGAAAGAGGUUAUGGGUUAUUUGAAUGUGGUUAUUCCUUGGGAAAUUGAUGAAUUAGUGGGGUUAGUUAAUGAGAGAGGUAAAGUUACCUUGAGUUAUGCUUCUAUUGAAGAAAUCAUUGAUAGUUGUUUGCUGGAACCCGCUGACGAUUAUGAUGAAAUAGUGGAUGAUGAUGGUCGAUUUGAAAAUAAAAAGAAUGAACUUGGUGAUAUGUCUGUUCAAGUUGAUAAUAGCAAUGAUCCCUGGUUUACUGUGAAUGAAAUGAAUGAAUUUCAAAAUAGUCCAUUCUAUAAUAACAAAUCCAUUGAUGUAACAGAACCUUUAGGGCUGAUAUCGCCAGGUAAUGAUAACUCAACUAUUCCAGGAUUGGAAGGCAAACCCCUUUCGGCCUUAUCAGCCUUGGAAACAAAUUCAACAAGCGUUGUAAGUGAUUCUUCACUGGUAACUACGCAAAAGUACAACAAUAUUAACUCAUAUCUAAGCGGUUCAUUGAAGCACAAGUUGGGGGUGUUGGAAAAUUGGAAUCGGAAGAGAGGUCCUGGACAAGUACAAGUACAAGAGCUACGGAACCCACAGGAUCAACCACAACCACAACCACAACCACAACAGCAACAGCAAAUGUCAGGGUAUAAUUUCUCUCCUAUAUCGAAUAUUGAAUCUCCAAUUGCCGGUGGUGGUUUGACUAACCCCAAUGUUCAGUUUGGUAAUGGUGCAGGAUCUUUUGACAACCAAACCCCGUUGUUUAUGAAUAAUUUGACUUCACCACCACCGGUGCCACCAGUACCAUCACAAGUACCGGCUACUUCAUUCUCUCAAGAUGCAUCUGCAUCACGAGCAGUGAGAGCUCCUAUUAGUACACCUGCUAUUGAUGUUGAUAUGGCUGCUGCUAUUACGAAAAUUCUUGAAUAUUCCGCAACAAACACAUUGAAACUUUCACAAAGUACAAUAGAUGAUUUGGAUUACAAUUUACGAGUCAUUCGAGCUAGACUUGAUCAAAGAUGA